CCCCUAGAUUUAGACCACCAGAGCUGCACGUGGUUGCAGCCCCUCUGCCUCCGACGCGGUGCCACCACAAAGCUACCAUGCGCGCGCUGCUGUGCCUCGCCUUCCUGCCCGGUUUGCGGAGCUUCGCCCCGACGCCGCGCCGCCACCGCAUCCAGCUGAAGAGUGUUGAGGACGUCCACGGCGACGAGGUUUUGGCGCCGACCGAGGAGCUCUCGACGCCGUCGAGCGAUUUCGUUUCGGACCUCCGGAAGAACGCGACGCGCCAGAAGCACGCCAUCGGCUACGGCUCGUCCACGACCUACGACAAGACGUCGUUGACGAACGAGCUGCCGUACGCGUCGGCCACGCCGGCGCAGACCCCGAAGCGGGAGUCGCGCGUGUUCUGCAGCCGGGACCUGAAGCUCGAGAACAUCAAGGUUAUAGGUUAUGAUAUGGACUACACGAUCGUGCACUACAAGUGGCGCGAGUGGGAGGCCUUGGCCUACGCGUGCGCGAAGGCGUGCCUCGAGUACCUCGGCUUUCCCGUCUCGGAUUUAGAAUUUGACGACCCGGACCUCGCCUGCCGAGGCCUCGUGAUCGACACGGAACGGGGCAACUUCCUCAAAAUAGAUAGGCACGGCUUCGUGCGUCGAGCGAUGCACGGCAAGCGGCGCCUCGCGCCGGACGAGCUGGAGGAGCUCUACGGCCGGAAACUCGUCGAUUUGAGAGAUCGGCGCUUCUCCUUCCUCAACACGCUGUUCUCGGUGUCGGAGGGCGUGCUGUACUCGCAGCUCGUGAGCAAAUUGGACUCGGGAGCGUUAGUAAGAGACGCGAGCCCGCCCUUCGACGCGUCGAAGGUCUCGAACUACGCGGACCUCUACCGAGCGGUCUCGUCGGCAUUAGCGCGGGCGCACGGCGGCAAGGCGAGUCCGUCCGAGAUCAAGGAGGCCGUCUUCGCGGACCCGGCGCGCUACACGCAGCGCGAGCCCGAGAAGCUGAGAAGGAUGCUCGCGGACCAGCGCCGCUCGGGCAAGAAGCUCGCGCUCAUCACGAACAGCGACUGGUGGUACACAGACACGAUGAUGCGUUUUGUCUGCGGCGACGACCUCGAGCCGUCCGGCGCGGACUGGCGCGAUUUGUUCGAUGUAGUCGUGUGCUCAGCGAGGAAGCCGGCGUUCUUCACCACCGAAAAACUGCCGUUCUACGAACUCGCCUUGGACGAGGUCGGGUCGCGGGAGCGCGUCGCGGGGAGCGCGCCUCUACUGAGGGAAGCGAAGCAGAUGAGAUGUGGAAGGGUGUACUGCGGCGGGUCGGCUCGCUUAGUCGAGAAACUCUUCAACAGCAAGGAGGACGAGUUGCUGUAUGUGGGCGAUCAUUUAUUUACGGACGCGAACGCGGUAAAAGCAUCGAUGCGCUGGCGGACCGCGCUCGUCGUGCAAGAGCUCGAUUUGGAGAUUAGAGCCGCGGCCACAGAAACGAGAAGGACGGCGCAGAUCGACGCGUUACUUGGAGAGAGGGACAACCUCGAGUCCGAGCUGAACGUGAAGCGACUAGCAUUGGAAAGGUGGGACCAGGACCGGCAGCCGUCGCCCGGCUUAGCCGACGAGGCGCAUGCCGAGGAAUAUAGAAGGGACGUCGUAUCUCUAAGGGCGGCGGUCAAGCAGGUCGACGACCGGCUCGAGCCGCUGUUGGCGCGCGUCGGCGAGGCCUUCAACCGCCACUGGGGCUACCUCACACGCGCGGGCCACGACGACAAGUCGCACAUCGCGCGCCAGAUCGAGAAGUACGCGGACGUCUACUGCGCGAAGGUGACGAACCUCGACGCGUACACGCCGUUCCACCACUUCCGGGCCGCGCCCGUGGACCUGGCGCACACCAUGGCGGCUGUUUCCUCCCCCUCUGAUUUAUAGCCCUGUUUGUUUG